GAUUCCAGUAUGAACGGGAAGAUAGGCUCAUAUAUAUAUCCUGCUUCCCGCCAUUUGCAAUUAUCUGCUCUCACAAACUCUGGACAUUUGAGGCUAUGGUGACCUACAGUUGCAUUUUAAUUUCCGGGCCUUCGGUAUCUCGUUCAGAUAACUUCGCUAGUGACACUACAAUCAUGCUCAAUUAUUGUGCACUUUCCCGUGGGCCAUGGAGGUCCGGGCGCCAGCAUUCUUCUGUUAAGGACAUGAAUUCCCGCACUUGCACUCCCCGUAUAAAGACGCUCUACAUUUCAAUAUUUCCUCCGUUGUAGAUUCACUUUCAAUGCCUGUCCCCGUCGUACCCCGCUCUGAAGUCGAUGUUCUCGUUAUUGGGGCUGGCCCUGCUGGCCUCAUGUGUGCGAACGCUCUGGCAAAUGCAAAAGUAAAUGUUCGGAUCGUUGAAAAAAGGGCUGUUGGAGUAACUGCCGGUCAGGCUGAUGGAGUUGCACCUCGUACUAUUGAAGUUUUCCAGAGCUAUGGCAUUGCAGAGCGCCUCAUGAAGGAAUCUGUCCAAGUCCACCAAGCGGCCUUCUAUGACCCUUCCUCGUCCGGCGGUAUCAAACUUACCAGCCGAACACCGGAUGUAAUAGCUCCGUCUGCAAGAUACCCAUUCGAGUGUGCACUUCAUCAAGGAGCCAUUCAAGCCAUUUUUAUGGAUUCCAUGAGAGCGCUCGGUGUCGAGGUUGAGUGGUCAACGAUACCAACUUCGAUAGAGAUCUCCAAGGACGAAAAUGAGUUGAUGGAUCCUGCAUCGCAUCCUGUUCGCGUCGUGCUCCAAAGACUAGACGUUCCUGAGGGUCAACCACAAGAAGAGAUCGUCCAUGCUAAAUAUGUUGUUGGAACUGAUGGCGCUCACUCAUGGGUCCGCAAACAAUUCGAUAUUUCCAUGGAUGGCGAACAAUCUGAGUUCAUCUGGGGUGUCAUGGACAUGGUGCCUGAUACCGACUUCCCGGAUGUUAGGAAUAAGUGCCUUGUGCAUUCCAACAAUGGCUCGGUUCUUCUCGUACCUCGAGAACAAGAUCGCCUGCGCGUAUACGUGCAACUAGAGAACAAAGAUAUUAUCAAUCCAGCAACAGGUAGAGUAGAUAAGGAGAGAAUGGGUCCAGAUGAGAUGCUUGAAGUUGCCCGAAAAUCGCUUAGCCCUUACAAACUUAGCCCGACGACUGGGUUCUUGUGGUGGACACUAUAUAUCAUUGGGCAACGAGUGGCCUCAAGAUUUUCCAUUGAAAACAGAGUUCUUAUCGCCGGCGAUGCUUGCCAUACACACUCUCCGAAAGCAGGUCAAGGAAUGAACGCAAGUAUUAACGAUGCACACAAUCUAGCUUGGAAAAUUGCCUUAGUGGUUCGUGGUUGGGCAGAUCCGUCACUUUUGUCAACAUACGAAUCGGAGCGCCGUAAGUUCGCGUUGGACCUCAUCGCAUUUGAUAAAAUGUACUCCACCCUUUUUUCUGGGAAGCCCUUGACCGAGGAGAACAGUCAUGGGGUUGCGCCCGAACAGUUCAUGGAGAUAUUCAAACAGUUUGGAGCCUUCACCAGUGGCAUUGGGGUGCAUUAUGGCCCUUCGGUUGCAAUACUCGACAGAAACCAAGGGCUGGCUAGUGGUCUAGCGAUCGGCGAACGUUUCCCUCCAUAUAAAUUCAUCCGCGCUGCAGACGCAGGGCCCGUUGAGAUCCAGGACCUUCUUCCGGCGGACUUCCGCUUCAAAUUGCUCGUUUUUACUGGUGACUUCAGUGACCCACUUCAACAAGCGAGGGUCAAGUCGAUGGUUGCUAUCAUGCAGAAACCCGAGAGCUUCCUAAACCGUUACUUGACUCCUAGCAAGGGCUCUGAGAACCCACGAUUUGACAUCAUCACAAUCAGCAAGGGUCGGAAAGAAGGAUUUAAUUUCUUGCAGUUCCCAACGCUUCUUCGCUCUCAUUGGUCCAAGGUGUUUAUCGAUGACAUUGAUGUCACAGGUAGCUUCGGGGGGAAGGGUUACUCAUAUUAUGGAGUAGGUCACGAGGGUGCACUGAUUGCUGUUCGCCCCGAUGGCUAUGUUGGAGCUAUCGCGCCCCUGGAUGGUGUUGAAGAGCUUGACGCAUAUUUCGCGUCUUUCAUGAAGACUGCUGCUUAGUUUCCACGACGAGUUUGCUUCGGAUGUUGCCCCAAAAAUAAAAUGUUCUCUAUUUUUUUUUUAACUUAUCACAG